AUGAUCACGUUCGUAAACACAUGCGCAAGUGAGAACCUACGAUGCAUUGCGGUAAUCGGGCAACAUUUACUUUUUUCUUUUUUAGGCCUUUCAGAACAACAUGAAGAGGAAUUCUAUGUUGUUAGCAGUGGUAAUACUCUCAAAGGCUUGGGAGCAAAAUGCCAGAUCAGCUUGCCAGUGCACUUGCAUCUUCGGUUGCUGCUGCUUACAGCCGUUUUGCAAUUGCAUCCACUAGUAGUUCAGAAGGAUAUUGGAGAAAAUGUAGAACUUCAUUCCGAUAAUUCUGGAUUGAUAGUACAUGAACCUGAUCCUGAUGAUUUGGAACUGAAGGAAAGUAUGCAAGUUGACAAUCCAAACGAAGCAGACCCUAAUUUUGAGCCUGAUCCUGAUGAUCGUGAAGUGGUACAGUAUGCACUUAACUUAGGAACCGAUGAAAAGUUUGUGGGCUCUAAUAGCUAUGAAGAAUCUGAUCCUGAUGAUUCGGUCCAACUGAGGAAAACUGCUGAGGAACCUGACCCUGAUGCUUCAGGAGCCUGUUUGGAACAUAGAAGCAGAAGUGAACUCGAUGACCCUCUAGGCAAUGGAAUUAUGCAGUUUGAGCCUGAUCCUGAUGACAAUGUGGAGAACUCCAUGGGAAGUUCUAGAAUGCAAGUUGAUGAACCAAGUCCUGAUGAUCAAGAGCUGCAGAGAAUCCAAGACCCUGUUUCUGUUGUUUGUGCCCGUCUUCAGAAAUCCAUACAGAUGCUGCGAUCUGAAGUUAACUCCACAGAGGCUACUUCUGUCCUCCAGACUCUGUUCAAGAUCAUUAAGAAUGUGAUUGAGAACACCCAGAUGAGAUGAAAUUUAGGAGGCUACGGAAGGCCAAUCCCCUUUUCCAAUGAAAUGUUGCAAAUUAUAAAGCUGCUAUGGAGGUUCUUUUCCUGGUGGGUUUCAUCGAGGAUGUUGUGUCAGACGAAGUCGGGACAGCAAAGACUUUUGUAGUGUUGAAGAGGAAUGAUCCUGGCUUACUGUGGCUUGCCAAGUCAUCUUUAGAGAGAUGUGUAUUGGUUGCUAGUGUAGGAAUUAAGAAAAUUGGGACCUUAGGCUAAAGAUGGCUGCUUUCUCAUUAUCAUUCUCUCGUCUGUGUGCAUGCGUGCGUUAGUAUAUGCUUGGAGCCUUGAAUUGAAAAUCUAAAUAAUAAAUGCGACAGAGAAAAAGAGUGGAAGGUAAAAGACUGUGUCAAUGGAUUGUAAGAACAUGAAGCGAUUUAUUGAGGAUUGUAAGUCGUCUUUGACUGUAAAUGAAAAUUACUUGUAAAUAAAUGGGAUUAUUCUGUUA